UAUCAUUCUUAUUUCAUUCCUCCGUGUUUCACUUGUAACAAAACAUAACAGUGUAACGAGUAGAAAUAAGGUUAUGUUAGCAAGGAGAUUGUUUUGCAGUUGCUUCGAUUUUCCUUUCAAAGCGCUUCGACAAGGAAUGAGUUGUGAAUUAUAAUGCGAGUGCCAAAGGCAAUUCAUUUCUGACUUCAGAUUCAUCUGUAGCUACUACGUACAAACAGACGAACACCAAUUACAGUUUCCGGGUUGUUCAAUAAGAGAAUGAGUGCUGAGAUUGAUUCAACUUGUGCUCCUGAACCUCACAAAAUGUCUGGCCAAAAGCUCUCUAUAUUUUCUGCCAAAUCUGGAUUUGUCAUCCCUAAAAACAAAUUGUCAGGGUCACUGGUCCCUAUUUUCCGAGGGGCUAAAAAGCAUGGGGUCACUGUUGGUGCCACCAAUGAAGAAAGUUCAAAACAAAUUGAGAGGAAAUCAAAAUGGGGACCUGAUCUCACACAAGAUGCAGCUGUCAGGAGGGGAAAAGUUUUAGCUUUGCAGAUUCGAGUGGACCAAAUUACAAAGCAGUUGGAAUCAGAAAAACUGGAAGUUGGGGACACUCAGAACUUGAAUCCAGAUCAAAGCAAAUCUGGCCCUCGAAUUACCAGCAAGAAGUCAGAAAUGCUCGAACUUGAAAAGCGGGAAGCAAUAGGUGAAAUACUAAAAUUAGAUCCCAGUUACAAGCCUCCACGUGGUUUUAAACCAUUGUUAAAAGAAGCCAGCAUUCCUUUGCCUGUCCAAGAAUAUCCUGGGUACAAUUUUGUUGGUCUAAUAUAUGGGCUUGAAGGUGAUAAUCAAAAACAACUUGAAAAGGAAACUGGUGCAAAGAUAAAAAUUCAUGGAAUCAAAGCAGACACAGGAGAGAAAGGUGAAAUUAAACCUGGAACUGAUAUCCAGUGCAAUUACAAAGAGAUGCAUGUUAACCUAUCAGCUGAUAGUUUUGAAAAAGUGGAUGCUGCAAUGUCAAUCAUUGAACUGCUAGUUACCUCUGUAAUUGGGAAUUUAGCUGCUGGUUCUACUCCCUCUAUAUCAGUUUCUAGGUACAGCACUAAUGUUCUGAGUCAAAGCCACGAAUGCCCCCCUUCUCAUGCAGAUUCUCUAUCUCUGGAAAACCAGGCUGUGUUGCAACCAGUAGCUGUUACACAAAUGCAUGGUGAUAACUUCCAAUACUCUAGUCCAUGGUUUUCAGUGGUUCCAUCUCAUUCCCCUGUGUUUGCUUCGUCUGGCAGUGUAGCCCUCCCAAAUCCAUUAGGUCUUGCUAGAACUCCCCAUUUUCCAUCACACACUUCAAACAUGACUUCGCCUUUUGGUGCUCAACCUGGACCUGCUGGAUUUCAGCCGAUUAUUCCAAAUCAACAUGUUUCUGUGCAAGCACCACCACCAAGACAGGUUUUACAGUAUUCACAUAUGACUCAGACAAGUCCUUUGGGUCACAUUGGGCCCCCAAGAAACCCUGUACAGAAUUUGUUAACUCCAACAAAUGCUUCACUUUCAUUUCCUGUUACUUUAAGCCAACCAACGCCAAUAGGACAACAUCAGACAUCUGUGUCUUCAAUGCAUCUACCUAUGUCUGGUAUAUCGUCAUCAAUACCUAACCAGUCAUUGACCCAUCUAGGGGUCUCUUCUGGCCAGAACGAAGCCCCUGUCACUGUUAAAAUGUCUGUUGGUCCCAGCAAUAUGGUGCCAAUGGCUUCACCAGUGGUUCCACCUGCAAGACCUGUUUCUCUACAUCAACAGCCAGAUGUUGCAUUUAAGCCACCACAGUCAAAUAUGUCAAUGAUGCCACGAUCUGCCACCUUUCCUCCACAUCAAGUAGGAAUAUCCCCUGGACAACCAUCUUCUUUGAGACCAAUGCCUGUACCAAUAUCUGCAAACCAUUUAUUGGGACCUGUUUCAUUUCCUUCACCUGGAAUAUCCCCUUCACUUCCAUUGCCUCAGCAAGCAGGAAUACCUAAUCUUGCUUUUGGAGUUGCUCCUUAUCACACCCAUGUAAAACCACCAGUCUUGGGGACAUCAAAAUCUGGAAAUUUUACUUUUCAAUCACAUCUGCCCAAUGCAGACUAUGGUCAAGUCUAUUCUGGACCAAACAGUCAAUCAGGUGCUACACAAGAACCACCUUCUGGUCCACGACCUCCACCAUUUGGUUUUGCUGUGCCUGAUCAGCCUCGUCAAAUCUUUCCAAGGACACAAUUCCCUGGUCAAGUGGAUCAAGCCGUUGCCUUUGGGGGAAGAUCAGGUUCCAUCUCGAACUCAAUUCCACCACCCAGACAUGGUGUGUUUCCAUAUGCUGGUCAACCUGCACCUAGAUCAUCAGCCGCACAAAUGGGUAUGAAGAACUUCAUUUCUGCCCCACAAAUUCCAAAUUUGACCAGUGCUGGUUCCCAAAGAGGCAUGCCUAUUCGAAAAAGCUAUGCUACUCAGAUGGCAUGGGCAGAUAUCUCAAUGCCUCUGAAUCAAAAGUUUGUCAGCAAUCCCCCCAUGGCUUCUGGUAAGAUUGCAUAUGCUACAGACCAAAUUUAUGAUCCCUUUUCACCCACUUCUGCACCUCCACAACACAAAGGUAAUCCUGGAAAAUGAGGGAAUUGGAUGUGGCUACAGAUACGUAACUGAUAGUGAAAAACUGGAGUCAUGACUACAGUUUUAGGCAAACAGGCGCGAUACUAUUUGUAUAGAUUAACAAUGGCCAUGUUACAAAAUAAUAUAUGAUUUCUUACCGCUAAGUUUGAGUUGAGGACUAUUGUAUUAAGUGUUUUUUGGGCCUUCCUUUUCAGAAUGCCCAUUACUGAUGCUUGAUUAGGAAUUGAGUUGAACCAAUCUUUGCAGGAAUUUGGUCAUCUCUCCUCCAUGUAACCACAUCAUUUCAUUUGGAUUUUUCACUUCGACCAAGUUGCAUUUAAGCUUGGUUUCAAUGAUUGAUACUGUUUGUUGACAAUUGUAACUUCUA